AUGUUGAGCUUCGUGAAGUGUGGAUUAGGUUUUCUCAUCCGAUUCUUCUUCCGUUCCGUUCAAGCUGCUAUGAGGUGCUUCUUCGGAUUCAGAGAUAAUAGCCGUCAUCAUCUCCCUGAACCUCUUCUUGUUUCCACCGCACCUUCUCCCUCUACAACAACGGAUACGGUGAUAUCUGAGAAUCGUUUGUGCUCGUUGUUAUGGAAAGAGAAUGGAGAUUCAGCUAGGAAUGCUGCUGAUGAGGUUUCUCUGAACGAUGAGGCAAAGUUUCUUCAAGCUUGCGGUGCGAUAGCAAGAACGCCUCCUGAAAUUCGCGAAACAUCGGCGAAAUUGAAAGUGUCACCCGCUUGCGAAAGCGAUAGCGACACUUCAAGGUUUCAUUCCUGGCUUCCCAAUACUUCUGUCGAGAAACUUCAGCUGGAUGUCCAUUCUUUUGAGCACACUCCUAGCAGCUUUGUCUUCAAGGCACAGGACCCUCAAUAUGACUCUCCUGACUAUGUGGAAGGAAGUUGGACUAGGAGUCCUCAUACUGCAUAUAAGACUAGAAAGAAUGAAGCUUGGACAGGCACCGAGACUCAGAAGAAAAACAAAUCGGUGCGCUUUGAAUCUGGGAAUGAUCUAGUAUCAUAUCAAAGCCCGCCAGUUGAUGGUGAUGUGCAGAAAAACAAGUCACUGAAAAGCCAAACUGCAAGUAAUCAAUCACCUGAUCCUACCCCGUUGAAGUUGUUUGAUGAGAUGCAAACACCUGGAACCGUAUACCCAACCUCAUUAGAUGACCUAUGCGAUGGUAAGCGUCGUGUUCGGUCACAAUUUGUCUAUACAAAUUGCAAUGCUGGCGAGAAUCUCCUGCUGACCAAGUUACUUGAAGUGCAAGGUUUUAACCCCGAGCACGAUUCAAGUGAGCUGGGUGUUUCAGUCGAGCAAGAACAUAAGCUGGAAGCAAGUUUAUCUUCUUGGUUAGAACCUGCAUCAAUCAAUAUGGAAGAGGGAAACUGGGAAAUGGAGUCUGGUGCUGAUUUUGAGAUCCUGCAAUCUGCUGACACGCCUAAUAUUGGGGUGGUUCCUGCUCAAUUGAAUGAAGAUGAGGAUUCUCAUUUUGUUUCUCCGAAGAGGCCUGAAGUCAAUGGAAUACCAAACACGACCAAGAAGUACAAGGAGGAUCAGACAGUAAAAUGGCAUGCAACGCCAUUUGAAGAGAGACUGGAUAAGGCGUUAUCCGAGGAGAAACAUCUCUCUCAAAGGAAACUUGCCUUUGCAAAACCAAUGGCCUUUGAGGAUAUUGAGGAGUGA